AUGACGUGGAUUAUGAAGGAGGUUAUGAUCCUGAUGCUGAAGAUGAUUAAUGUGGUGACGUACAUUGGAAAAACUCUCUCUGAAGGCCUUCAUAAAUUUGAAGCGCGUCAAGCUAAAGCGGAGGAAAUUCGACAAAAGCUUUUUGAAGACAAGCACCAAAAGCUGCGCGACUUGAUUAAUCGAGUAGAUGCGGUUAGAAAAUUACGCCGUAAUCUGAUGGAGAAGAAGCGACUGAUACUGAACGCGAAAUUGGCCAAGGCAGAGCAGAAGCGGAAGUUGCAAAUUCAGGCCAUUGUCAAGAAGGCACGCGCUGAAGAAGAGAAAGAAGAAAGACUGCGGAAGUUGGAGGAGAAAGCUGCCCGUGAAGCAGCGGUCGAAGAAAGGCGAAGGAUCACAGAAGAACAGCGGAGACAACAGUUGCUAGAAAUUGCCGAACGCACCCGUAAGAGGCAGCAAAAGAUUGAGCGUCAAAAGUUCGAGCAGGAGCGAAAAAGGCUUCAACAGUCGCUCGAAAAGUCGAGAGAGCGAGAGGAGCGAAAGGCGGAGAUGAAGGCUGCGCAACAAGCGACUUCUGAGCAGCUUCUUCACCGCAUUCAGAACCGACAGGUGAAAACUUGCCGCCGGUACGAAAUGAAUCUGGAGUUGAUCAAGCAUCGAGCGAUGGAACUGAGUCUGCCGCACAACACCGUGACGAACGCAGAAUUGCUGUUUACCGAGGCUGAACCUGAUUCGACGUUAAAUUGUUUGACGGCGAACCGAAGCCCAUCAUCGCUUCACGGGUCCAGCGAUUGCGCUAGCGAACAAGGUCCGCUUGUUGGUAAAGCCAUCCCAUUACUUGUAUCGGCAAGCAAGCCGGGUCUGAACGUCCGUAUUCAGAAGUUGACGACUGAUGGGAAGUGUGGCUCCACGCGGUCCUCUCUGAAGGCUGACGGUACCUGUAGCUUUGAUGCAGCAAACGUUUUGAACUCAGGUUCCUCGAAGUUGCUGAGCAGGAAGCGAGCGAAGUUGAAAAGGCUAUUUCUUGAAACGCUUGAAAAAUUACACGGUCCUUUUUCGACGUUUCUGGCCAAGUUUGAAAUGUAUCACACCUGGCUCCCAGCUGAUCUCCGUGCAUUCCAGAAGAUAAUGUUUGACUUCCGCAAGUUUUUCGCUUCCGAGCAGCUAGUGGAAAACGAAAAGCAGUCCAUGUUUUGUAGCGCAGGCUUUCAGCAGCUGAUUAUUGAAUUUCUAAAAAUGUUCGAAAAAGCUUCUGUCGACAGUGCUCUCGUUUUGUCUCGCAAGUAG